AUGACAAAGCUGCAGAAGCAGCCUCCACCAGCAUACCCUGGCUCUGGCCGCUCUACAUCCACGACCACCACGUCUACCGCGCCUUUGCAGGGAGCCGUACCAUAUGAGAACUUGCCUCAAUCGACGCAACAACCCGUGCCCGUCAUGACUGCCGUGACGCCUAGUUCUUACAAUGACCUGCCUUCGACAAACCCUUUCUCUCCCAACUUCACCCCUCCCUCGGCCGCGCUCAAUGCGGACCAGCAAUCCCCGUUUUCACCGGUCUCGCCAUUGAUCGAGACGCCGUCUGUUCAACGGCGAUCAGAAGCAUCAAUCGUUGCUCCCACGCCGCAGAGACCAGACGCGAACCAACGAAGGUCUGUAGACCUGCGGCGCCUCGAUGGCAAGCCCUACUCCGGCUCGACCCCGGUAGAGAGGCAUGCGAAACCGGUCAGGGUGGCCAGGGACAUGCACGAUGGUGCACUACCUCCAGUGUACAAACGACGGGAUUCUGAUCUGGUAAAACCCGCCGAAGGGGCCCAGGGAUCGGCGUGCAGACAUUGCGGGAAGAAAUGUGCUGAGGGACAGGAAUGCUCCCAUUGUGGGAAGCGAAAGGCCAGUCUUCCCAAGGCAAAUUCCACAACGCCUCCUGUGAGCCAGCACACGCGCACGACUUCGGAAGGCGUGAACUCCCACCGAUCGCGAAUCUCAGAAACCACAACCGCAGGACCGUCCAGUUCGCCUGGCUCGUCUCCAGGUCGCAAAAGUUGCUGCAACAAAUGCGGUCGCUACAAACGCCCCGGUUCAAUUGAUGCCAGCAACCCGAGUCAUGCACACGCUGCCACCGAACCGAUGCCCAUGGCCAGCCAUCCAGCCCUGCGCGUUCACCAGGCAGGUUUGUCCGUCCAGCCCGGGAUGAGCGGUCUUCGGAGUUCAGUCUACCCCCAAAUCGAUGUGAUCCCGCCUUCUACGACAAGCUACAAACCAACAACACAAUUCCCACCCUCCAUCUAUGGAGAUGAGUCGCCUCUCGUCGGAAGAGAUGUGCCGCCCGAGGCCAAGCCAUCUCGCCAUUCCUCUCUCAUUCGAUCAUUGUCUCGCAGACUAAGCAGAAGGGACAAGAAGAAAGAGAAGGCUACUCCUCCAGGGUCACCAUUACCGAGUCAGCAAGUCGCCGCUGGUGAAACCCAGUCGGGCGAGCAGAGCGCGGGACGAUUGAUCAACAUGAUUAGUGCUGCGAUGCAAGGGCCCUUGGCUGGGACGGAACGCGACACACAAUACUCGCGACUCACGCCAGAUGAACAGCCCGAUCGCCCGACUACCCCCUUCUCCUUCGUCGGGGGCAAAGAUGAGGAAGAGGUUUUUGAGAUGGUCCACGUUCGGGAUCGAGAGUCUCUUUCUGACAGUGAUAGUUGGAAAGAAGGGGCGAAUGAACAGAUCACAAUCACAAGACCAGACAGCGGUGUCAUUCCACAAGACACGAUCGAUGUCAUCCCCAGACCAAAGUCGGCCGAGCCAUUCAGUCAGCACUUGGCCGUCCCUGAAGCCGAGAGACCUCAAAUCACGAGGUUCAAGAGUCUCAGGAGUGGUGUUUCAAGAAUGAACAGCAAUAUCAGCCGGUCGACAAGUUUGAAGAGAUUGGGCAGUUUGAAGACGGCUCAUCAUGCAUGGUACAGAGAUGAUAUGGCUAUUGAAGGCGCUAUGGGUAACGAACAUGCGGUUCCUGCUUUUUGA